AAAGAAGAGCUAUAAAAGGAGGAGGAGCCCACAAUUUGGAUUCUAAAAGAUCAUUCCCCAUAUGAAAGAAAACAAAAACAAACCCAAACCUAAAAAGAUGAAUUGGGUUGUAAAGUUAGCUUGGCCUUGAGCUCUUUUUGGAACUAAAAUCCAUAAUUUCAGAGAGAGAAAUAUCUCAAAUAUGGGUUUUAGAUUUACAUGGAAAGGAACCCACAAACAAAUUGUAUUUGUAAGUAAUGGAUCACACACACAGAAAAGAGUGAUUUCAUUUUCACAAGAGUCGGUCUAGGAAUGAAAUGAGGAGUAGAGCGACGAUUUUGGCGACUUAAUCGUUUCCAAAAAUCCUCACUUUGUAUUGUAAUCUAAUCUUAAUGUUUGAUCUUUUAUUUUUCUUGUUCUUGAUCUUCGACUGAUUUGAUUUUUUUUCCCCUUCAUUUCUCUCAGACAUGCAACUGGAUUUGAGAAGAAUCUAAUUCGCUCUCUGUUUGUUUAAUCUUUUUUUCCUCUUUUUUUUUUUUUUUUGUUCAUUUCGCUUUGGUAGCUCCGCUCGCUCUAUAUUUUGUCCAUAGAUUUCUCAGUUUUAUUGGGUUUUUAUUGCUCGUUUCUCGUUUUUCCCCAUUUGGGUUUUGUUUGUUGAGAGUUCCCUAUGCUUUGUUAAGUGGAAAUAGUGAGUUUGCUUUAGAUGUAUUGUUGCUGGGCUUUUAGUUAUAGUAGUGGAAUAACCUUGUUUAGAAACUAGGGUGUGUUGGAAUACUGGUUUCUGUUUUGAAGUCUAGAUGGAAGAUGAUAGGAAUGGGAGACGAGGAGCAAAAACAGAGGUGUUAUAAUAAUAGAUUUGGAAGUUUUGGGACAAUUGGUGGUAUUAGUGGUAGAUCUUCUUCUAAGAAACUAAAACCCAAGCCUAAGAAAGUUCCACAAAGAGGACUUGGUGUUGCACAGCUUGAGAAGAUUAGAUUAGAGGAACAACAGAAGAAUGAUGCAGCUCCUGCAAUUUUCUCAUCCUCUUCUCCAUUGUCACCAACCAAAUCCUCCUCUUAUUUGUCUUUACCGGUUCCUAGUUUUCGUCAAUCGAACCGGUCGCCGUCAUUCCUUUCACCACCUCCGGUGAAUCUCUCCUCUUCCACCUCAAUGUUUGGGCCACCUUUGCCUGUUUUAAACAUGGAUGUUAAAGAUUCUUUCACUGUUCCAUUGGUGGAUCAAGCAAAUAGUGGUGGAUCUGAAACUGGGUUGUCUGCAGUUACAAUUUUGGAGCAAGGAAAUGCUAUCAAAUGGCAGAGUUCUUGUGAAUACUAUCUUGAGAAGGAAAAUUACGGGGUUGAUCCCGGUUUGGCAUUUCGUUCGAAUUUUGAUUUCCCUUAUGAAACUAACCCUGGCGGGCCUUCCAACGAACUCCAAAGAGCACAGCAAAAUCAAGCACCUUCUCCGCUGGUGAAUCUGUCAUCAACAACUUCACUGUCUUCUGGUCUAAAUGUCCAGAUAGAGCCCCCUUCAAACCAAAGCUAUUGUUAUGGAAACUACUCAACCAUCUGGGCAGACAAGGAAGAGAAGAUGUUUGGCAUGAAUAGAUUGCCCCGCUUUUCUCCAGACAAUCCAACUGAACCGAUGUUCGAUUACAACCAUUCUUCCUUCAAUGUUCCAAAUAGAUCCGAUGAUUCAACAUUGCACGGCAAUGGAAGCGCACUGAGUUUUCGAUAUAAAGUCAUAGUUGCCAAGAAUAUUUUUUCAAUAUGCAGAGAGGAUCAUGUGCGGAGCUUAUCUGCACCAAGUUCCUUGGAAAACAUCAAAGAUGACGAUUUUAAUGGAAACUUCCUUACCCUUGCUUCGCUUGCUACUUGUUGGACAUCAUGUCCAAGCUCUAGUAUUGUCAAAUGUCCUCCAACUUAUCCUCUUCUGCAGAAUCUUAUGGAUUCCGAUUCGGAACUGCAUCCUUUUCAGGGAGGAUUGAAACCUGUCGGAUUGGCCAAAAAGCAGCCUUUCUACAGCUUCCUCCCACCAGCAGAGGUGAAAACUGGGAAAGAAACUGCCAUUUCUAUGAACAAGUGCAAUGGGGAAGUAGGAGAAAGACUUGAUUUAGAUUUGAAGUUGUAGAAGCUACAGCCUAAUGUUAUCUUGUACCCACAGUGCUUUGUGUUCAUAUCUUAGAAAUCCCCAUUGCUACAGAACCUGUAUGUUACCAACCCUUUUACAAGCUCUGUUUUUGCUUAAAUUAAGUAGGUUUAAAUUAUGCAGUUUCGUGUAAGAAACCCAAAAUUUUAGCCUGAAGUUGGUUUCUUUGUUGCUUU